AGAAAAUAAGCACUACGGCUUUUAACGUGUUUACAAAACUCAUGCAUAAGUACUCUACCAUGACCCUCUUUCUCUGCCUCAGCUUUUGCUUGCUUGCCAGCCUUCAUUCUGCGGCAGCUGAGCUUCAGACGCUGCACCACCAACUCGGCGGCGAAUCACUGAGUUUGCUGGUUGUCGGAGACUGGGGAAGAAGAGGAGCCUACAACCAGUCUCGAGUUGCUCUCCAGAUGGGAAAAAUAGCAGAGAAAUUGGACAUUGAUUUCAUCAUAUCAACUGGUGAUAAUUUUUACGAUGAUGGUCUGACUGAUGAAAAUGAUCCAGCAUUUGAAGAAUCCUUCAGCAAUAUUUACACUGCACGGAGCUUGCAGAAGCCAUGGUACACUGUACUGGGGAAUCAUGACUAUAGAGGGAAUGCAUUGGCGCAAUUGAGUCCUACUCUUACACACAAGGACAGCAGAUGGUUUUGCCAGAAAUCGUAUAUUCUUAACGCAGGAUUUGCAGAAUUCUUCUUUGUUGAUACAACUCCUUUUCAAACUAAGUAUUUCACUCACCCUAAGGAUCAUGUGUAUGACUGGAGAGGUGUGCUUCCGCGGCACAAAUAUAUUUCUACUCUCUUAAAGGAUCUGGAUGUUGCAUUAAGAGAAUCAACAGCAAGAUGGAAAAUAGUUGUGGGUCACCAUACGAUAAAAAGCGCAGGGCAUCAUGGUAACACACAGGAGCUUGUUUCUCACCUUCUGCCACUUCUUCAGGCAAAUAAUGUAGAUUUUUACGUGAACGGACAUGACCAUUGCUUGGAACACAUUGCCUCUUCCGACAGUGCAUUGCAAUUUUUCACGAGUGGAGGAGGAUCAAAGGCGUGGAAAGGUGAUAUAAGUUGGUGGGAUCCAGUUGAAAACAAAUUUUACUACGAUGGGCAAGGCUUCAUGUCCAUGCAAAUCUCUCCCAGUGAGGUUGAUGUUGUAUUCUAUGAUGUUUAUGGAAAUGUUCUGCACAAAUGGAGCACUUCAGAUGUGCUGUACAAUGUCAUGUAGAGAGACAGUUUAGAUUAAUGUACGCAACUAAGAUGCUCAACAAUGUUCAAUAAUAUAGCAAGCAAAGUUUAUCAUCCCAAA